AAUUGAUUACGUGGAGACUUCGAAAUCGAUUGAGAAUGCAUUCACGCUGAUCUUCGAGUAUUGAGAUAUGGUAAGAGGAAGGACUUAACUAUAUCGAAACCUGUAUGUAAUCAAUGUGGAUAAUAUACCUGCCUUUCCUCUGAAAUAACCCGUUCGAAGUCGUCAGUCGUUCAAGAGGCAUGACGGCGAACGAAACGGCAACCUUGAACGUUGCAGUUGUUGGUGGUGGUCUGGUCGGUUCACUGACAGCAUGCUUCUUUGCUCGGAGAGGACAUCAUGUUCGCGUCUAUGAGUACAGAUCAGACAUUCGAGUCGAGGACUCCAAAGGGCCGAGUAUCGACCUGGCCCUAUCAUUUCGGGGUAGGGAAGCCCUGAAGAAAGUGGGCCUAGAAGACGCUCUGAUAAGCCAACAUGGAAUUCCCAUGCGAGGGAGGAUGUUACACGAAAAGGAUGGAAGCCUUAAGGAAGUGAUCUAUGACAAAGUCCAGCACAAUUGCAUUUACUCAGUCAGUAGGAAAUAUCUGAACGAAGUGUUACUGAACGGUAAGCAAAGCUUUGUUGAAAGAUUUGACGUCAUUUUUCAACCACUCAUCUUUAAAAUGUAUGGAAAAAAUUCUUGCCUUAAAAGAUGGGCUGCCGAGAAGUACCCCAAUGUCCAUCUCAAGUUCAACGAAAAGCUCCUGGAUGCUGACUUGGAUGCUGGACGAAUGAAGUUCCUCGAUACGAAGACAAAUAUAAUCGAAGAAACUCAUGCUGAUCUAAUAAUCGGUGGAGAUGGGGCAUACUCUACAGUUAGAAAAAUUAUGAUGAAGAGACCUCGAUUCAACUUUAGUCAAACUUACAUAGAACAUGGAUAUGUCGAGAUCUACAUACCGCCUGGCAAGAAUAACGAAUAUUUGAUGAGCAACAAUCAUCUGCAUAUUUGGCCUCGCGGGGAGUUCAUGAUGAUAGCUCUACCGAAUGACGACAAAAGCUUCACGGGCAAUCUUUUCGCGCCAUUUGAUAUUCUUCUGCGACUUAACACUGCUGAGAAUAUUAUCGAGUUUUAUCAGAAACAAUUUCCUGACGUCGUGCCUCUGAUUGGAAAGGAAAGACUGCUUGAGAUUUUCCUCAGCAGUGAACCGAAGACCCUUAUUUCGGUGAAAUGUAAACCAUUCCACGUGGGAAACACGGCACUUCUCGUUGGUGAUGCUGCACAUGCAAUGGUGCCAUUUUAUGCUCAAGGGAUGAAUGCGGGUUUCGAAGACGUCCUCAUCUUGGAUGAACUCAUGGAACGUUAUAAUUCUGAUCUAAGCAAAGUAUUACCAGCAUUUUCGAAAAUUCGUUGCGAUGAUGCCCACGCAAUCUGCGACCUUGCCAUGUAUAACUAUAUCGAGAUGCGAGAUCUCGUGAGGAAACGAUCUUUCUUGUUUCGGAAAUAUUUGGAUACGAUUCUGCAGAAGCUUUUUCCAAAAACCUGGAUACCCUUGUACAGUACAGUGCAUUUUACAAGAAUGGAAUUCUGCAAGUGUAUCUCUAACAAAGCAUGGCAGGACAAGAUACUCCGAAGAAUCUUCUGGUGCUUGGCUGCAGUCAGUUUAGCAACUUUCAUUGCUUUAGCAAGUGGAAAGACUUCAUAAAAAUCGUUUUUGCUACAUGAAGUCAAAAGACAUCUCAGAAAUCGCUUUCUGCAUUAAAAUC